AUGUUCAAGUUGGUCAACCCGCUAUCUCGCGGGAGUAUCAGGUGCUUCUCGACUUCGGUUCAGCUAAGGCAACAGAUCGAGACCGUGAAGUUGGCAUACGACAAGCACCCCCACGAAAACUCCACAAGGUCACCCCUCAUCCUCCUCCAUGGACUAUUCGGGUGCAAAGCCAACACACGCACGGUUGCCAAACAGCUCUCGGAGCGGUUAUCUCGAGAUAUAUACUGUCUCGACUUGCGAAACUUUGGCCUGUCUCCACAUGCGCCACGCUUGGAUUACCCUAGUUUGGCUGCGGAUGUCGAAGGAUGGAUCUGCGAGCAGAAAUUCAAGGAGAAGCCGAUACUCGUGGGACACUCGAUGGGGGCCAAGACUGCGAUGGCAGUGGCGUUGAGGAAACCCGAUGUCCCCAAAUACGUGGUGAGCGUCGACAAUGCACCUAUCGCGUUUGGCAACACGGGAUCCAAAUUCAGCAAGUAUAUCAACCAAUUGAGACUCUGCUUGGAAAAGUACAAGUAUACAGAUAUCAGGGACGUCGAUGCAAAGUUGGCCGAGGUUGAGCCAAAUAAAGGUAUAAGGCAGUUCCUAUUGAUGAACAUGUGGAGAGGGAAAAAGAACGAUGUGAUUCAGUCUAAGAUCCCCUUGGAUGUGAUUGGAGACGCCGUGAACAAAGGGUUCAUUGCUAGUUGGCCAUUCGACUCGAGCAGCUACAGAUGGACUGGUCCGAGUCUAUUCAUCAGAGGCACGCAAUCGCAUUACAUUGCGGAUGAGGUCAUACCUGAAAUCGCGGCGUUUUUCCCCGAUUUCGAAGUCCGGGAUAUUGAAUGUGGACAUUGGGUCAUAAGUGAAAAGCCGGAGGAGUUUAUGGAUGUGUUGCAAGAAUUUAUAGAGCGCAAAGAGGACGAAUAG